UCCUCCACCCUCUUCCAAAAGCAAAGCAGAUAAAGAAAUGGCUUCUUCUAAAUCAAAGGUCAGAAGGGCAUGUUCCUUCACCAACCUCCUCCUUAGCUGUUUGAAUUUCUCAAUCUUCAUACUUUCUGCUUCCUCAUUUGCACCAACUAUUCUCCUAAAGAUGCCCCCAACAUCAUUUGGCAUGGCUCUCCUAAUGGUCUCUGGCAUCUCACUCCUCUCAUCUUUUGUGGGCUUCUACUCCCAACUCACACACUUCUGUUUCCUCACCCACAUUUCUCUUCUACUAGCCUCAUUAAUAGGACAGGUGCUGACCAUAUUAGCCUUGUUCACAAAAGAGAAAGCUAGCAUGUCCCUUCUGAAGUCACCAAGGGACCCCAAAGAAGCCAAAGUUUUGGUGAGGCUGGAGUGUGGGGCAUUGAUGGCAAUGUGCAUGCUGCAGUGUGUGGUGCUGAUGCUGAGUUGUGCAGUGCAUAGUUGCUGGGUGAAGGAUUAUGAGGAACUGGAAGCAGAGAAAGCGGCCUCCGCGAGGAAGAGGAGUAGAAGAAUUGCGGAGGUGCAAGAGGAGUCCAUGGCUAAUGCAACCAAGAUGGCAGAAAUCAAAGCUAAGGAGUUGGAUGAGAAAAUGAAAAGCAAGUAUGGGCAGUGGGUGAAGACUGAUUUUGAACCCUGAGGUUCCUCAACAUUUUACUGUGUCUUCUUUCUUCUACCUCGUACUAGUGCAGUGCAGAUAUUUGCAUCAUUGUUUUUUUUAUUUGUUCUCCUUUUGUUGGUGUUGGUUGUUUGGGGUCACUGUGGGUGUGGCCAUUGAAUUUGAAUGUCGUGAGCCAUUCAAGGUACGAGUUACCUGGGAAUUUCUGUUGUUUAACGAAAAUCCAUCGUGUUGUGUAAUAACAAUAUGCAAAGUCCCAUUUGCCAUGUUUUUUUACUGAAUGCAGUGAGUAAAUGGAUCUUCCCUAC